GAUGCAAACAUCACCUAAAAAUUGGGGCGGGGAAAGGAAGUUACAAUUACGAAAGAGAAUUAGCUGCAAAAGUUGGAGCGGAAAGAUUGGGAGACUCGGAGGGUCUUCCCUAGCCCACAGGGUACGAGAAAGUGCCAGGUCAGCAGGACUUUGUCAAACUUCUUUCAUUUUGGAAAAUGAUGGAACAAAAUACAGAAUUGAUUUCCCUAACAGUGAUUAUAGCCCUGGGUUGCGUUGCUCUUUUCUUAUGCCUUCAACGAAAGAAUUUGCGUAGACCUCCGUGCAUCAAGGGAUGGAUUCCUUGGAUUGGAGCUGGACUGGAGCUUGGGAAAGCCCCUCUAGAAUUUAUAGAGAAAGCACGAAUCAAGUAUGGACCAAUAUUUACUGUCUUUGCUAUGGGAAACCGAAUGACAUUUGUUACUGAAGAAGAGGGAAUUAACGUAUUUCUAAAAUCCAAAGAAGUAAAUUUUGAGCUAGCAGUACAAACUCCCGUCUAUCGUACAGCAUCAAUUCCAAAGAAUAUCUUUUUAACACUGAAUGAAAAGCUAUAUAUUAUGAUGAAAGGGAAAAUGGGGACCUUCAACAUACAACAGUUUACUGGGCAACUGACUGAAGAGUUACAUGAACAAUUGGAAAAUUUAGGCACUCAGGGGACAAUGGAACUGACCAACUUUGUAAGGCAUCUCCUUUAUCCUGUCACAGUGAAUAUACUCUUUAAUAAAGGUUUGUUUCUUACACACGAGAGGAAUAUGAAGGAGUUUUACCAGCAUUUUCAAGCUUAUGAUGAGGGUUUUGAGUAUGGGUCCCAGAUGCCAGAAUGGCUCCUGAGAAACUGGUCAAAAUCCAAAAGGUGGCUCCUAGCCCUAUUUGAGAAAAGUAUUCCAGAUAUAAAAGCAUAUAGAUCUGCAAAAGAUAAUUCUGUGACAUUAAUGCAGGCUGUGCUGGAGAUUCUGGAGAUGGAAACAAAUAAACUAAAUCCAAAUUAUGUGUUGCUAAUGCUUUGGGCUUCUCUGUCAAAUACUGUUCCUGUUGCGUUUUGGACGCUUGCAUUUGUCCUUUCUCAUCCCGAUGUCCACAAGACCAUUAUGGAAGGCAUAUCUACUGUGUUUGGCACAGCAAAAGUUCUCUUUGCAGGUAAAGACAAGAUUAAAGUGACUGAGAAAGAAUUGAAGAAGCUCCUUCUCAUUAAAUGGUGCAUUUUGGAAACCAUUCGGUUAAGAGCCCCUGGUAUUAUUACUAGAAAAGUAAUAAAGCCAAUUAAAAUUUUGAAUUUUACUAUUCCUUCUGGUGACCUAUUGAUGUUGUCUCCAUUUUGGCUACACAGAAACCCAAAGUAUUUUCCUGAACCUGAACUGUUCAAACCUGAACGCUGGAAAAAGGCAAAUUUAGAGAAGCAUGCUUUCUUGGACUGCUUCAUGGCAUUUGGAGGCGGGAAGUUCCAGUGUCCUGGAAGGUGGUUUGCUCUGUUAGAGAUUCAAAUAUGUAUUAUUUUAAUACUUUAUAAAUAUGACUGUACUCUUCUGGACCCAUUACCAAAACAGAGUUAUCUCCAUUUGGUGGGUGUCCCCCAGCCAGAUGAUCAAUGCCGAAUAGAAUAUAAACAAAGAAUAUGAUAUCUGCGGGGGCUCAAGAGGACCAGAGCCUUCUGGAAGAGAGAUGCCCCCCACUCCUGGCAGUAUCCCUGACACUAACCUGGCAGCACCUCCACCUGAGCUCUGCUGAAACAUCCUGCUUCACUUUGUUUGGGGAUUUAGUUCAAGAAAAUAUCCAAUAGUACACGUUUGAUAUCUUCAAAACUAGGAAUCUGACAUCAUUUCCUGUGAAUAUAUGAUCUAUAGCAAGUUUUUUUGCUUUAAAUUUUUAUUAGUGUAUUAUAGUUAUUCACAAUAUUAGGGUUAAUUUUGACAUAAUCAUACAAACAUGGAAUAUUAUUUGUUCCAGUUCAAUCCCCAGUACUCCUCUUUCCCUGCCACCCUCUCUCCGCCUGUUCCCUUUCCUCUACUCUACUGGUGUUUCUUCUAUGUAGUCUCAGUUUAUUUUAAAUCAGUGCCUUAUAGAUAUACAUAAAGCUGAAAUGCACUGUGGUUUAUUCAUAUAUGUACUUAGGAUAGUUAGGUCAGUUUCAUUCCACUGUUCCUCCUUUUUCCCAUCAUUUCCCACUUUCCUCAUGAAAAUAGAAGAAAGGUCAGUGGAAAAUGUUGAAAUAAUUAGAAAAAGCAUUUUGAAGAGUUGGAAUUUAGUUUCUUAUGCAACUGUAUUAUAACUUCAAAUAGAAACAAAGUCAUUCGAAUGGAAAUCUUAGCACAUAAAAUUCACUUUGAAGGCAGCACACAAAUUUCUAUUUUGAAAAAAAUUAAAAAUCUUAGAUAUUAAACAAUUUAAUGAUUUCUAAAGUUUUUCUACUUUUUAUAUGAUUCUUAGCUAGCAAUUGGAAUUCUUAGGCUCUAUUAAUAUAAUUCUUUAUUAUAAAUGGAUCUAAUGCUAAAAGCAUGAAGUGAUAGUUUUCUAAGAGCAGUGAGGAGAGGGAUCAUGUCUUACACUCAACUUUGUACUCUGCUAUGCCUAAGACAGCAUCUUCUCUACAGGAAAUAUUUAAUAAAUGCAUUUUGAUUGAUGUA